AUGACUUUUCUUCACCGUGCAGCGUCGAGAUUUAUACGCAGAAAACCGGCGUUUGGCAAUAAUGUAUAUUCGUUGAAUCCAUUAAGAAAUGGAAUAUAUCCUGUGGCUUUUAAAAACCGUCGGUCCUAUGCCUCCGAGGCCAAUACCGGUACAAUUCAAGCUGUUAUUGGUGCUGUAGUUGAUGUACAGUUCGACGAAGCAUGUUUGCCUUCCAUUUUAAAUUCUUUGGAGGUUGAUAAAGAAGGUAGUCGUCUUGUACUAGAAGUAGCACAACAUUUAGGACAAAAUGUUGUUCGUACUAUUGCUAUGGACGGUACAGAAGGUCUCACCCGUGGGCAAAAAGUCGUGGAUACUGGGGCACCAAUUAGAAUUCCUGUUGGUCCAGAAUGUCUAGGACGUAUUAUUAAUGUCAUCGGUGAACCUAUCGAUGAACGAGGCCCAAUUAAGACAAAAAAGUUAUCUCCAAUUCACGCCGAUGCACCAGAAUUCGUUGAUCAAUCUACAGUACCAGAAGUUCUUGAAACCGGUAUUAAAGUUGUAGACUUAUUAGCUCCUUACGCUAAAGGUGGUAAAAUUGGUCUUUUUGGAGGUGCUGGUGUUGGAAAAACUGUUUUGAUUCAAGAACUCAUCAACAAUAUUGCCAAAGCUCAUGGUGGUUAUUCAGUAUUUUGUGGAGUAGGAGAACGUACACGUGAAGGAAAUGAUUUGUAUCACGAAAUGAUUCAAACAGGUGUAAUUCAACUUGAUGGUAAAUCUAAGGCUGCUCUUGUAUUCGGUCAAAUGAAUGAACCACCGGGUGCACGUGCUCGUGUCGCUUUAACUGGCCUUACCAUUGCCGAAUAUUUCCGUGAUGAUGAAGGACAAGAUGUAUUGCUUUUUAUUGAUAAUAUUUUCCGUUUCACGCAAGCUGGUUCCGAAGUAUCUGCUUUAUUAGGUCGUAUUCCUUCCGCUGUGGGUUAUCAACCUACCUUAAGUACUGAUAUGGGUGGUAUGCAGGAAAGAAUUACAACAACAAAAAAAGGAUCCAUCACCUCUGUACAAGCUGUAUAUGUACCGGCAGACGAUUUAACUGAUCCGGCUCCAGCCACAACUUUCAGUCAUUUAGACGCAACGACAGUAUUAUCACGUGGUAUUGCCGAACUCGGUAUUUAUCCGGCUGUGGAUCCUCUUGAUUCAAAAUCUCGUUUAUUAGACCCUCGUGUAGUUGGAGAAGAGCAUUAUAGAGUCGCUACUGAUGUUCAAAAGAUUCUUCAAGAUUAUAAAUCUUUGCAAGAUAUUAUUGCCAUUUUGGGUAUGGAUGAAUUAUCAGAAGAAGAUAAACAAACUGUCGAACGUGCAAGAAAAAUUCAAAGGUUCUUGAGUCAACCAUUUGAAGUAGCUCAAGUUUUCACUGGUUUUGAAGGACGUCUUGUAAAGUUAAAAGAUACCAUUCGUUCAUUCAAAGAAAUCUUGGAAGGUAAAUGUGACGACCUACCUGAAGCAGCUUUUUAUAUGGUUGGUGAUGUCGAAGAUGUUAGAAAGAAAGCAGAAAGUAUGGGGGGUAUGGACACUACUGUUCUAACUAAAAAUACUCAUACAGGGCUUGGUAAGGUGAAACCGUAUCAUAGUACCUCGGAUUUAUUUAUUGAUGGUUCAAGCGAAUUAGAGGAUCAUUUGCAUUUCUCAGCGAUACCAUUAGAUCCUGAUCCAAUGGUCGGGGACACACUAUAUGUUUCAAGUACAAGUAGUGGGCAUGGACCCUCAGUUAUUACAAGUCCAGCACCAUCUUAUAUUGCUCAUUUACCUUCUAAAUUAAAGAAUUUUUUUAGAAUAAAUGUAUCGAGUCAUAAAAAAGAAACUUCUACUAAUUCAUCAAGCACAAAUGGAGGAGAAUUAGGGGAAAUGGGUUCUUCAACUUCUCUUUCAUCAAGUUUAUCAAACGACGGAAGCUAUAAUCAAAAAUUACGUAGAGUAGCUUCUGCACCUAAUACAAAAGCAUUAAAUGAAAAAAAUUCUUCACAUUCACAAUUGUCACAACAACAAAUUUUAGGAAAACAUAACAAUAAUGAAAAUUUGUCUGUUCCAGUUAGGCCUUUGACAGAAAUGAAACGUUCAGGAACUUUUAAAAGAACUUACUCUUCAAAUUCUAUCAAAAUUAAAAGGGUUGAAGUUGGUCCGAAUAGUUUUCAAAAAGUUAAAUUAUUAGGAAAAGGUGACGUUGGUAAAGUUUAUUUGGUUAAGGAGAAAAAAACCAGUAAACUUUAUGCUAUGAAAGUUUUAUCGAAAAAAGAGAUGAUAAAACGAAAUAAAAUUAAACGAGCACUUGCCGAACAGGAAAUCCUUGCGACAUCAAAUCACCCUUUUAUCGUAACAUUAUAUCAUUCAUUUCAGAGUGAAGAUUAUUUAUAUUUAUGUAUGGAAUAUUGUAUGGGAGGAGAAUUCUUUCGUGCUUUGCAAACAAGGCCUGGUAAAUGUCUUUUAGAGGAAGAUGCAAAAUUCUACGCUGCUGAAGUUAUUGCAGCUUUAGAAUAUUUACACUUAAUGGGGUUUAUUUACAGAGAUUUGAAACCUGAGAACAUAUUAUUACAUCAAUCAGGACAUAUUAUGUUAUCUGAUUUUGAUUUGUCAAAACAAUCUCACCCUGCUAAUAUGCCCGGAAUUGUAAAGAAUAGUGGUGGAAAUGCACCUCCAUCAAUAGAUACUAAGUCAUGCAUCGCUAAUCUAAGGACAAACUCAUUUGUGGGCACUGAAGGUCAAAACCGUAAUGCCACAUUUUCUAAUAUAUUAAGAAAUGAUGUUUAUUUUCCAGAAACAGCCCAUGCACAACAAGUGUCCAAGUCGUUAAUUAGAAAGUUACUUUUUAAAGACGAAAACAAGAGACUAGGGUCAAAAGCGGGAGCAUCAGAUGUUAAAGCACAUGCAUUUUUUAAGAAUACACAGUGGGCUUUACUGAGACAUACUACACCACCAAUUAUACCAAAACAAAGUUAUGGUACUGACGCUGUAAAUUUUCGUAAUAUACAAGAAAGUGUUAGUUUAGAUAUGGAAUGUGAUAAAAUCGUUGUUGAAAUUAAUGGUGAAAAUCCUUUCGAAGAAUUUAACAGUGUAACAUUACAUCAUGAUGGAGAUGAUGAUGUUGAGAUAUACAUAUAG